AUGAGCGGACACCUCGCCCUGGCUGUCCCGGUUCAGUUUAACAUUGACUAUACAGGAACAGAGCCUUCUAGUCCCUGCAACAAAUGUUUAAAUGUGUCCUGGGACAGCAGACCACCUUGUACUUGCGUCAUCAAUUUCACAUUGGAACAUUCAUUUGAGAGCAAUGUAUUCAUGUAUUACGGACUUUCCAACUUCUAUCAAAACCAUCGUCGUUAUGUGAAAUCUCGAGAUGACAGCCAACUAAAUGGAGAUAACAGUUCACUACUUAAUCCAAGUAAGGAAUGUGAGCCUUACCGCACAAAUGAGGACAAACCCAUUGCUCCUUGCGGAGCUAUUGCCAACAGUAUGUUUAAUGAUACGUUGGAAUUAUAUCGCAUUGAUAAUGACACAAAGACUCGUAUUACUUUGAUUAAAAAAGGUAUUGCGUGGUGGACAGAUAAAAAUGUAAAGUUCAGGAAUCCUACAGGAGAUGGAAAUAACUUAACUGCGCUUUUCCAAGGCACAACAAAACCUGUAAACUGGCCCAAGCCAGUGUAUGAGCUGGACAUGGAGCCUGACAACAACGGCUUUAUCAAUGAAGACUUCAUUGUGUGGAUGCGUACUGCUGCUCUGCCAACAUUUCGCAAGCUGUAUCGUCUCAUAGAAAGGAAGAAUAACUUACAGCCUACCUUACAGGCUGGAAAAUAUUCUUUGGAAAUUGCCUACAAUUAUCCUGUACACAGUUUUGAUGGACGAAAAAGAAUGAUCCUAAGCACCAUCUCAUGGAUGGGAGGCAAAAAUCCCUUUCUGGGAAUUGCUUACAUCACUGUUGGGUCCAUAUGCUUCUUCUUAGGAGUUGUAUUGCUGAUCAUCCAUCACAAAUACGGAAAUCGAAAUACUAGUGCAGACAUUCCCAAUUAAUCUUACAUUCUGAAAACAAAUGUACUGCAUGUGCAUCAAGGCCAGUCCAGAAUGGACCCAGUUUUUGAAAGAUAAAUCUCUGCUUCUGUCACUUUUGAGACUGGGUACCUAAUUUUUAGCUAAAGCUUCCCUAUUCCAUACUGUGGAUUAAAUGACGGGUAUACAAUUAGCUUAUAUUGAUUGUAUCUCUGCCUAUGUCAGAAACAAUUUUUCUGAUAUUUGCCUCUAACUGGGCAGGCCACAUGAUGCAUAUAGCUCCUGUUCCCUUGAUGCAUCUGCUGCUUGUUCAUGUGCUGUGUAAUGUCGAUAUGAUUCAGUACAUACAGAUUGCGUGGAGAAAGACUGUUAAAAGAUACUGUAAAUUGUUAACUUUCUGGAAUUCAGGUGUCAGUGCUGUUGAAAGGAAAAGUCAAGUCUUACAUGUUUUUUUCAAUUUACUGUCUUGUGUGCAUGGGCUAGUACAUUUCUUGCUGAGAUUUUAAUAUAUUUAUAUAAGUUGUUAAAUAUUUUUUCUGUGUCCUGCCCACCUCUGUUAUGUUAAAUCCUUUAAGUGCUGUGUAAA